AUCUGUGCGUACGCGGUCGUGAUUGUUGUGAAGAUGGCGGAGGGGGAGACAGAGAAGGAAUAUGACACACGGAAAGCUAUCGCGGAGCUCCGAGAGCGCUUCCAGGGUUUGACCACAGCUUUGAAAGAGAGUUCGCAGUCUCCACUGGAAGCCUCGCUGCAUUUCUGCCAGGAGUUUUGCCAGGUCCUUGUGGAGCAUGCUGGCCGUUGGAAAACUGACGAGGAUCCACUACCUUUAUUGGAGGUCUACACUGUGGCCAUCCUCAGCUUCGCAAAGGCCGCCUCCUGUCUCUCCUCCGAAUGUGAAAACGUGCCACUCCUACUUGAAAAGUUAGCACUGAGCUGUGCGGAGCUGCUGCUCUUACUGCCCCAGCAUGUCCCUGGUGCCUUAUGGGAGGAGUUUCAGUCCUCCAUGAAGUUGGCACACAGCCUUUUGCAAGAAAGUGGGAGAACACAGCUCUGCCAUCUCUCAGUCCUGGCGCAGCAAGAUGGCGUCUGGUCCAACACCACAUUAAGCAACAUCCUGUCCAAUCAAACUCCUCAAACGGAACAAGUUCACGAGUUUCUCGAGUUGGAAGGCCCUACGCUUGUCAACAUGAGAAUAAAGCAUCUAAUCAAAGUGGACAGAGUCGAUAAAGCUGCUGUCCUUGCAAAGAUAUGUUCAGAAUAUCCGGGAUAUGAAGGAAAAGGAAACUUCAAGCAAACGUAUUUGCUUUGUAUCUGCAUGACAAAAAAUCAGGAGCAGCUAAUUGAAGAGAUUUCAUCUAUGGACUGUAAAGAUGCUCUUGAAAUGAUCUGCAACUUGGAGUCAGAGGGAGAUGAGAAAGGAGCUCUCUGCUUAUGUUCUGCCUUUCUCAAGCGACAGCUUCUCCAAGGAGAUGUUUAUUGUGCCUGGGAACUCACACUGUUCUGGAGUAAACUACUAAUGCGUAUAGAGGCGUCAGCUGAUGCUUUUCUUGGAUACAGCAAAGAGAUGGCUCUUCUCUGCAGAAGCGUCUGUCAUAUUCUGUUUCUAAUCAAAGUUAUCCAAAACGAGGUCGGAGAGGUGGGGCUUCCAGUGUGUGUUGAAAUGUGCAUUCAAGCAUUGAAAAUGACCUCCAGUGACCAUAAGGACAGCAAGUCUACUAUCUGCAAGACUAUUUCCUGCCUCUUGCCAACAGAUCUUGAGGUGAAGCGGGCAUGCCAGCUGACUGAGUUCCUCCUCCAGCCUACUAUUGACUCGUAUUAUGCUGUGGAGUCACUGUACAAUGAACCAGACCAAAAGCCUGAGGAGGACGGGAGUCUCCCGGUGCCCAAUUCUUUGCGCUGCGAGUUACUGCUGGCCUUGAAGACACAGUGGCCUUUUGAUCCUGAGUUCUGGGACUGGAAAACACUGAAACGCAACUGCUUGUCACUGAUGGGAGACGAGGCAGCUAUUGUGUCAUCUAUAGACACGCUCAACGACACGGACGAACAGGAGAUGGAAAGUGCAAUCGGCAAACUCCCGGAGUACAAAGACUUGGAGGAUUUUCUGUUAACCACUACAAAUGAACUAAAUGAAAUAACGGAUGAGAGAGAGAAAAACAGAGAGGCUAAAAAACUUCGGGAGCAGGGUUUUGUGUCAGCUCGCUUCAGAAACUGGCGAGCUUACAUGCAGUAUUGUGUUUUGUGUGACAAGGAGUUUUUGGGUCACAGAAUUGUCCGCCACGCACAGAAGCAUUUCAAGGAUGGAGUGUAUCUUUGUCCCAUUUGUGCUGACAGUUUUGAGAGUAGGGAGGUUUUAGAACCACAUGUAGCAUCCCAUGUAAAGCAAUCGUGCAAAGAGAGACUAGCUGCAAUGAAAGCAGCUAGGAAGGUAACCAAACCACCUCAAUCCCCUAAAAGCCCAUCAAAGACUACAAAAGUUGCAACAAAGAUGAGUCCUGUUAAAAUUGAAGCUCAAAUUAAUGAGCAGUUGGCGUCUCCUGUUAAAAUAGAACAAACAACAUCUGACACAAACAUUAGUCAAGACUGUUUCUGUCCUGUCAAAAACUGUUCCAAGGCUUUUAAGUUUUUCCGUAACCUCAUGGCUCACGUCAGAUCUCACAAGGAUGACGAGGAAGCCACGCGGUUUUUAGAGAUACAAAAACAGAAAGUGGUGUGCCAGUAUUGCAGACGUCAGUUUGUCAAUGUGAGACAUCUUAACGAUCAUUUGCAGAUGCACUGCGGUAGCAAGCCGUACAUCUGCAUACAGUUGGAUUGCAAAGCCAACUUUAACUCCAAUUCGGAGCUUCUAAUGCAUAGAAAAAUACACUCUGAGUUCAAGGCCCAGUGUAUGUUUCCAAACUGUGGCCAAGUUUUCAGUGAGGCCUACCUGCUGUACGAUCACGAGGCACAGCACUACCUCACAUACACCUGCCAAACAGAAAACUGUGGCAAAAUAUUCUACUCACAGUCUCAAUUCCUCUCUCACCAACAGAUUCAUUGUACAAAUGGUACAGUAAGCAGUUUGCCCGUCACUAAUCAAAAUCCUCCUGUCACUCCAAACGUAGAUACCCCACUCCAAAGCCCCCCCAUCUCAGAAAACGCAACUUCUGCAAUUGUCAGCCCUAAAAGUGUAGACACAAGCGUAUACAUAGAGGCAUCAAACACAUCACCAUGCACAUCACCAGAGGUUGCUCAAGACGCAAAUCAAGUUAAAGUCAAACACUCAGUGGAAAACAUUCUUAGUUCUGCCGGACAUCCCGAAAUCCAAGAACCAGACAAGUGCUACACUCCUUUAGCAAACCCAACUCCAGCUGCAGGAGCAGCUGAAGCAAACCCUCCACCAGAGCCUCCUCAUAUUCACUCAAACAUUGCUGUGCAGAGUGAAAACCCUCCAGCAUAUCCUCCACACACUGCACCAAAUCCUGCAGAGAGUCAUCAGCAAGAAGGGCUCAAUAAUGUUCAAUGCAAUGAAUAUCCAAAAGCGAUUCCACAAAUAAUGUCUCCAACUCAGAUAAAGACAGAAAUCCCUUCUUCUCUGCAAGGCUAUCCUUCAAGCACACCUGCUGCUACUGCCAGCAGUGAGGAAAAUCUGCAUUGCUGCCCGUAUAGUGAGUGUACAAGGGCGUACAGCACAAAUAAAAGUCUGUCUAGACAUGUGAAGAAGCAGCAUCCAGAAAUAUUUGAGGACUGGAAAUUGGCAAAGAAGUACAACAAAGUGGCUAGAAUUACUGCAAAAAAGACAAGUGGCCAAGCUUCAUCAAAUCAGGGUCAGACCCAGGGGAACAGGCCUCCAAAUCAGCCGGGAGUACUAUGCAACAAACCUGGAAUACAGCAAAUGGAAUACCCAACAGUAUGUUCAGGCUCUCCUGCCCAGUGUUAUGCUGGAUCAAUGGAGCCUGUGCCGAUCACUCCAAUGGUGAACCCAUCGCUGUACCCAUCAUGGGGAAGCCCAAAUCAUCCAGGUGGAAUGAUGCAGCCCGACAUGUCCCAGACAUGGUCAUCACCUCCCAUGAACAACUGUUAUCCAGAGGCCUUCAACAUGAAUGAGUACCCCCCUCAUAGGAGCUAUCCUCAGUGGCAGGCUGACCCUUAUCAAAACACAGCGGCCCUUCCGCCCGAUCGAGAUAAUUCAGUGGCAGCUAUGCACGGCUCUACCAUGUCACAGACGCCUUCAGAUUCAAGUUUGAUGUCGCAGUAUGUGUCCAGCUCUCUGAUGCUUGACAAUGGAGGGCAAAUUCAUAACGGAGGGCAUCAGUAUGGAAUAAUACACCCAGAGGGCAGUGGAGACAGGAAAGCCAGUACAAACCAGUUGGAUAAUGGCAACAGUAUUUCAACAAUCGAUAGCCUCCCUGAAGGAAGUUACCACACUCCAUAUGCUCAAAACGAAAACUCUCCUCUUACCCAGGCGUCUUCGGCCAGUAUGCCCAUGAAAUGCCUGAGUCCAGAGGCCCAACUUGGAUUAAAGGCAACAAAUGAAACUAGUAAAAAUAACAGCAUGCCCACUCCUUGUUAUGACAACAUAGACAACUCUGUAGAUGGCAUGCUCAGCCCACAGAGUGUCACUCAAGGAGAUUUCUCUUUUGACGAGGAGUGUCCAAACGCAGACUGUGACAGCAACAUGUCAGAUGAAAAGUCUGUUGACCCUGAAAGUAAGGGCAAACAAGGCAGGUUGAACAAGCGAACCAAAUGGCCGGCGAUCAUUAAGGAUGGCAAGGUCAUCUGCAGGAGAUGCUUCAGAGAGUUCACUAGCACCAAAUCUCUCGGAGGACACUUAUCUAAACGUUCACAGUGCCGCCCCGUAGAUGAAAUUGACCUCACGGCUGAACUGCCAACAUCUUUCCUCGAUUUCCUCAACGAUCCUCAUGUCCCUGACACAAACGGAGCAAUAUUCAACAUUUCAAAUGGGGAUUUCUCACAGGAACCUUGUAGCUUGACCACUUUGUCCUCACCCAUGGCGUUGAAACAAGAGCCCCAAUAUACAAAUAUAAUGGACUACUCAAACUCUGUAUCGGUUCCCCUUGAAAACCAGCCAGAGAAAGCUGUUGAGCUGGCAAAUCCAGUGCUUACUGUACCUUAUCAAGAGGAUCAUUUGAUGGAAAUUUCACAUGCCUUUCAAAGGCUGGAUUUGAUUGAGGCUGCACAAGAGAAGAUGCGUAAUGCUCUUUUAUUAGAACAAAAUGUCAGUCAUAGCAAUACAGCUCAUGAUGUUGAUAAAAGAAAAACAUCUAAGAGUGAUGAGAAACCAUCUGAAAAGGUGCCCAAGCCUUUCAAGUGUGACCAGGAUGAUUGCGAGUACUCAUUCAUGACUAAAGAGGCAUUAUUUAAGCACCUGGCCAAAAUGCAUGAUUACACAAAUGAGAUGAUAGAAGAACUUAAAAGAGCCCCAUCCAAACUAUCGCCUUAUCCUUGUCAGAUUUGCUCCAAAACAUUCACAAGAACAACAGGUUUGAGAAUUCACUAUGAAAAAGUCCAUCGGUUGUCCAAGGCAGAAAUGCAGAAGCUUAAGAUCAGUGCUCGAAAUAGGCGUGCUUUUAGACUUAACAAAGAUAACGUUGUAGUUAGUGGUGCAAACAGUGAUGCCAACAGCAGUCACACCAAACAGUCUGCAGCACCAGUAUUGCCCAUUAUUAAACAAGAACCGCUUGACAUUGCAAUUGCAUCUCAAACAGACACUGAGAAGCCUCCAGAAGUUAUUCAGAUCAUGCCACAAGAAAACACAGUAACACAGGGCUUUACACCAGAGGUAUCGACUGUUACACGACUACCAUCACCUCAAAGCUAUUUAACUGACAGGCUGCUUAGUGAGGGGGCACCAACUGUUCUUCAGAAAUCCCCAGAUAGACCCAGAGUUGUAAAUAAGAGUCCUAGCGUGAAAAAGAAAUCUACACCGCAAGACAAGCUCAGUCCAGGUGGAAAAGCAAAAAAUCACCAAGGGCCGUUAGAUGUAGGGUUAAGUAAAGAAAAAGAGCCAAAGUUCAGCCCCGCGUCUGCAUCAGCUUCAUCCUCUCCAGAAAAACCCAGCAGCUCCAAAAACACCCCAAUCAAGGAUGAGUCCCAGAGGAAACCGAAGCAUCAGAAAAGGUUGAGUCUCAAAAUGUGUGAUGCAGACAACGCCUUCAGUCCAUAUAGACCGUAUCGCUGUGUACACGAAGGAUGCACUGCCGCAUUCACCAUCCAGCAAAAUCUGAUUUUACACUACAGGGCCAUGCAUCAGGCAUCUCUGCCCGCCAGCAAACCUGAAGCUGACACUGAAAAGUCUACUGUCGCUCCUGUCACUCCUGUUCCUAGUGUGACAAGUGUGACUAGUGUUCAGAAUGGACAGGACAGCCAUCAGAGCAUUAGCAACGAUAAUGAAGUUAGGUGUCAGGUGAAAGACUGUUCAAGGGUGUUCAUGGGAAUCACACGGUUAAUCCAGCAUUACCUCUUACUCCAUAAGUUCACCCGUGACAAAGCGACCUCCAUGAUGGCCUGCAUGACCAUCGGGACUUUCAACUGUGACCGGCCGGAGUGUGCUCUCCCUUUUGACUCUGUGGAGAAUUACAUUGAGCACAUAAAGAAUUUUCAUAAAGAGAUUGCAAUCUCUGAAAGCGGCUCAGUUGAUCCAACUUUUAAGUGCGAGUACGAAGGAUGCGACCGUGUCUACUCUACGAAAUCAAACCUCCUCCGUCACCUGAUCAAAAAGCAUGAUUACGUUUAUGAUCCUAAAAUAAGUGACGGAAGACGGACUAAAUCUGCAGGGUUCUUCCAAGGAGUUAACAACGGGAAAGAGAAUGUGGAGAGCAAAUUGAGAGGGAAAAAGAAAAACACUAAAAAGAAAGAGGGGAAGUCCAUGGAACACUGGACUAGUUUUGGAAAACCAACACUAAAGUCUCAUGAGGAGGCAUCAGCCAUGUGCACCAAGAAGGCUGCCCUGCAGUACCCAUGCAUGAUAAUAGGCUGUGAUGCUGUGGAGCGAGCAGAGAGAAGUAUAUUUAAGCAUUACACCACUCAUGGCCUCACAGAAAGAUACAUAGAAGAUCAGAGGAGCCAGUUCAUUUUCUGCAAAAAGUACUCACGUGCCAGAUUCAAGGAACCAGAGAAAGCUGAGGUCCCAUCAGCCUCAUCUUCUGAAGAGACGGAGCCAGAGGAAACACAAAAACCCAGUGAGCAGAAAUCUGAGGAGCCAGUAGAAAAAAUAGUCCAAGAAGACAGCAAGCUGUCAACUGAAGACAGUGCAGAAUCUCAAGCUUCCACUGGGGCAGAAGGUGGCAUUAAAAAAGGCCGUCACAAGAAACCAGCACGCCCCACACCAGCUUGUUCCGAGAGGAUGCAGACUCUUCGAAAUCGUACAACUGUUAACAGUUCAAGAGAGAACUCAAAUCCUGGUACGCCAACAGCCCAAGAACAACGUGAUGACGGGGUUAUUCAGGGUGCUGCUUUUAAGCCUUUGGGACUUGAGGACUCCUUCCUGAAGUUCCUGGAAACCUCAGAGUCAAAUAACUCUUCUAAACGCAAAUUAAAUGACAAAUCAAGUGCUGAACUGCCGUCCAAAAGACAUCAAACUCACAAACUGAGACCUGCAACCAGGAGUAGAAAAACUCCUGAGAUUGUAGACUUCAGAAAUCCCCUUAAUCUCAAAUCAGUCAAUAAUGUCAAGAUUGUCAUGGAUAAAACGUUAUCAGAAGGUGCUGAUCUUCUGCUAAAGCAGCUACAAUACAUGAAGCCCAUAGUCAAAAUAAAAAAGUGGCUUUAUAGCGGAUCCUAGCCCAAUGUUAUGUUUUCAACCCAGUCUCACUCAGGAUUUGAGAUGUAAUGCUGCAGAAUGGUUUGUUAAUGCAUCAGAUUUCCAACGGUAACAGUCACAGUUAACAAUGAAAUGGCCUAUUUUGUACUUUAUGAAAAAAAUGUCUUGGAUGAUUUUAAGUAUGUAUGUUAGUUCUAAUAACCAGGUAACCUAUAGGGCAUAGAUUUUAGAAACAUGUUUGUAUUUAUGCUUAGUACUGAAGAUGUUUUUUUUUCUUUUGCUAAAUGGAGACUUUUAAAGAAAAACAAUGUUUUAUAUAUCCCUAUGGGAUUUCAAGUUCUGUUUGUAUUUAUUUUAUCCUUUUUCAACACUAGUAGACCUAUCUGUAAUAUUUACAUGUCUUCCACAAAGUGUUCAAUAAAA